AAGCGCCGCCAUUGUUUUCCUGGACUGGUGAGGCAGCGAGCGAACAAGAAAACAUUCGCAGUCAGCUGCAGCUGUUAUUUUAUUUAUUUAUUUAUUUAGGACAAAUUAGCCCAAACGAAAACCUUAGGAGGCCAAAUUCGUGAAAUGGCAUCGGCAGAUCUCCAGCUUCCGCCCGGCUUCAGAUUCCACCCCACGGACGAGGAGCUCGUGAUGCACUAUCUCUGUCGUAAAUGUGCAUCGCAGCAGAUCGCUGUUCCGAUUAUUGCAGAAAUCGAUCUCUACAAGUACGAUCCUUGGGACCUUCCUGGCCUGGCCAUGUAUGGGGAGAAGGAGUGGUAUUUCUUCUCGCCGAGAGACCGCAAAUAUCCGAACGGUUCGAGGCCGAACCGGGCAGCGGGGACCGGCUACUGGAAGGCGACCGGAGCGGAUAAGCCCAUCGGUCAUCCGAAACCUGUUGGGAUCAAGAAAGCUUUGGUAUUUUACGCAGGAAAAGCGCCCAAAGGCGAGAAAACAAAUUGGAUCAUGCACGAAUAUCGUCUCGCGGAUGUGGAUCGUUCUGCUCGCAAAAAGAAUAGCUUGAGGCUAGAUGACUGGGUGCUUUGCCGUAUCUACAACAAGAAAGGCACCAUCGAGAAGCAACCGGGUGCUCUCAGCCGGAAAACCGAGUCCUCAGAAAUCGAGGAGGAGAAGCCACAGAAUUUGACCCGGGGGGGCGCGCUUCUUCCUCCCCCACCGCCGCCAGCUCAAGCGCCAUCGGCGAUGACAGAUUACAUGUACUUUGACACUUCGGAUUCGGUCCCGAAGCUGCACACGGAUUCGAGCUGUUCGGAGCAAGUGGUGUCGCCGGAAUUCGCGAGCGAGGUUCAGAGCGAGCCCAAGUGGAAUGAGUGGGAGAAGAACCUUGAGUUUCCAUAUAAUUACGUGGAUACCACUGUGGGCAAUCAUGGCUUCGGAUCGCAAUUUCAGGGUGGCAGUCAGAUGUCGCCGUUACAGGACAUGUUCAUGUAUCUGCAGAAGCCCUUCUGAAGGUGGAGAUGGUUAUAAGUGAAGCAUCGGAUCGGAGGACACGUGGACAAUUGUUAGAUCGCACGGCAGCACGAGACAGAAGGUCUAUGAGUGUGCCUGUGCGUGAGCGCGAACGAACAUUUUUAGGCAGGGCAGAGAAAAUAAUUUGUGCUAGGAAUAGGUCAUAUAGCAUAUAUUGUGCACCCUUCUAUUCUGGACGUCGAUUGAUUUAGUGGGGACGAUCCAAAGGUGCUAUUUGCAGUUCUCUUUGCUUUUAGGAUUAGCAUGUGUACAGCUUGUGGAUAAGUACGUGUUGUCAUGUGAUGGAAGGGUCAUUGAUUUGAACCUCCUGAUAUUUGUAGUUGAUGUUUUCAUUCAAUGGGCAGUGGCUAUUUUUUGCUUUUAAAAA